AUGACUCGAGAUACCAUGCGGCCAGCGGCCGGAAGCAGCCACAGCUACAGCAGCACCGAUGACCUCGACGUCUUGGCAGGGCUCUGGGAGGAGGCCCCCUUCGCGAGACUACCAUGCGAUGCGCCCAGCGAGCUGAAGGACCUGGUGGAGGACAUCGACAACCCGAAGCGUGUCUAUGCCGUCCACAAAGCGAGUCGAAGACACAACUUUCAGCAAAUAGUUCAGAGGUAUAUCGUCCAGCUCCGCGAAGGUUGCGGCGCCGAACAUUGCGUAACGCCGACUUGCUUCACCUGCCGGAAGAGAGCCGCUGGCCAGGCCCCGAUCAAACGAUACAACACAACGAGCGCGAGAACGCUGGCUACUUACCUCGCUAGCCAAGAUAACCCUGAGAAUGGCCUGUGUCCCAACCUGCGAACCCCAAAGGCCCCGCCGGCUGCGCUCAACUCGCUCCUGUUUGUGCCCAAGCAGCGGUUGCACACCGAUCGUGUUACGGGAACGUCUCCGAAACCACAGCUCAACAAUUCUCGCCCGGUGUCAUCACGGACGAAUGGAUAUAACGGCAGGCCAUCAACGGGAGAUGCGAGGGAAAAAGGCAGGUCACUGAAUAUUGCGAAAGAUGUGGAAAGUCCAAAACAAAAAUGGCAACCUGGGUUUGAGGUGGUGGAGGAGCCAGUGAGCAAAGACCACCGAUCAUUUGCGGCCAACGUCUUUGGUACUGUGGCUUUCAAGAUGUUGGAGUGGCUCACGCCGGCUGCGCUAGAGGACAUGACGCAAAGGACAAAAGCUUUCCAGGAGGAGUCGGCUCCAGACCGGCGUGAUGCCGAAGCAGUAAAAGCAGAGGCUAACCGGGAUAACGGGGGGAAGCCACGGACCAGGGAGUCGUGGGUCCAGCCCAACGGUGCGUCGGCUAACAGUCGACUGCUACCAAAGGGCAGACAACUUGGGAAAGACUCAGAUUCAAAAGAUGAUCGCCACUCUCGCGACCCGCCGGCCGUUUCUCGCUCUACACACCCCCGCCGCAACUCCAACGCCAAGUUGAGGACAUCAAAUCCUCCUGUGCCUAAGCGGCAGCUUUCCAUUGACCCUUACACACAAGACUCUUUGGUCGAUGACCCCUACCCUGGGCUACUCAGAUCGCCACGCGGAAACUCUGGUAGCACAGAUAGGGGGCCAAGGGGGCCGAAGCCAACAGGGUCGGCACUCUCCAGACCAAUAUCGCAGCUCUCAUCGGCUGGCUACUUUGACCAUGUUGCUUUGGAGAAGAUGCCGCCGCCGAAAACCCUUGAUUUGAAGAACUAUCUUGGGCGAAGUCAGCUAGACGGGACGAGGACUUCUGAUUCAAGUGGUCCAAAGCAGCUAGGCGUUCCCUCAGGGUGGUCCUCUGACAGAUCGUGCAGCAGCGGAUCCGGAGAGAUGGUUCACCCAGAGCCAGAGUCUGGCGACGAAAGCGUUCUUCCGCAGGCACUAUCGACGCUACAUGCCGACGUUGUCGACUUCAUCUGCGAUGUCCUGCAAGACGAUGGAACAGCAGAGGAACACAUGCUUGAGCCGCCAUCAGUCACCAAGUUUCACAACGGACACCCCGGCCGGGGCAAGAUGCUCAAGCGCAAGAAGCUUGCCUCUGGGUGCCCAAACUUCAAACUAGAGUGGAAGUUGUUCAUUGAACAGACUCUCUUCAACGUCCUCAGCGAUCCACAACUCGCUGUUCAAUCGUUCUCGAAACAAGGACAACUCUAUGAUUCUCACACACUAUGGUACUGCAUGCUCAGGAUGACCCGGGUUGCCCCAAGCCUGGUUUUCCACAGUCUCUGGAUGGCGGCGGGAAGCCUAUUUGCGCCUCCAGAGUCGCUAUUAGCGCCCCGAUCCCCGACGGCGAAGCUAUUCAGGGACAAGGAAUCUCUUUCAAACACACAGGCGGGUCGUCUCAUGUCGAUAUGCCUCCACGCUUUGAUUGCCGCUGCGCCACUCAUAACACCGGAUCCAUCUGACCCAGAAAAGGCUACCCAACGGCUGUAUGAUAUGUCGAGAAUCCGGUCGCACGGUCUGAGCCUCACUCGUAGCGGUGCCAUUGCCGACCAGCCCACGGAGCUGUGUCUUCAGUACGAGGACGCCUUCACGGACGACUUGGCCCUGAGGCUGGCUCGACGGCUGUUUACCGCCAUCAACACCAGGAGAUAUUUUGAUGCCCUGUGCGAAUCCAAUGGAGACCUAGACGGUGAUGACUCGCAGCCAGAGCCUGAUGUGCUGGCGCCUCUCUUCUCUCAACUAAACUUUCUUCAUGCCGGUGCGGUGUAUUACGUCUUGGACUUUUCUUUCAAUGAGCGGGCUCUGCAUGAGACCCGUGUUCCGAUCCUUUUGCUGGACUGGGCGAGGGCUGUCAUGCUUAGCGACUGGAGUGGCUCCCCUCUCUUGCUGGGCGAUGCUCAGUUCCGCUCCGAGUACUUUGCCGAGAGGCUCGACACAGUCCAGAUGCCCAUCGCGUGGUUAUCACACGUGUCAACAAGACAAAAGAUCCACCUUCUCGACUAUCCGUUUCUGUUCAACCCUUCUACUCUGGUUACCUAUUUCCGGUCCAUCAACUUUUCGCGCAUGAGCAGGUCGUACGAGGAGUCGACAUCGUUACAGGACAGGAUUGACGUGAUUGCUUCACGCUCCAGCUUGACGCGGCAUCACAAGGAGGUGCUGACGGAGCGGUUGCGUGCGGCGGCUACAAAGUACUUGGUUCUCGAUAUCCGUAGGGAAGCUGUUAUCGAGGACGCGUUUAACCAGUUGUGGAGGAGGGAGGAGAGGGAGUUGUUGAGGCCGCUCAAGGUCCGUCUUGGGGAGUCUACGGGAGAGGAAGGGUUUGAUUUGGGUGGUGUUCAGCAGGAGUUUUUCCGCUUGGCGCUGGCUGAGGCGCUGAACCCGGAUUAUGGUGCGUUUACGGUCGAUGAGAGAAGUCGGAUGGCGUGGUUUGUGCCUGGGUCGCUGGAGGACGAGUGGAAGUUUGAGCUGAUUGGGCUGCUUGUUUCUCUUGCGGUCUACAACGGGUUGACGUUGCCGGUGACGUUUCCAAAGGCUCUCUACCGCAAGCUACUUGGCAAGCCGGUAGACAAGCUCCGCCAUAUCGCCGACGGCUGGCCAGAUAUUGCAAGCUCGCUUACGGAAGUUGAGCAGUGGGAUGACAAUGGCUCGAAAGGAAAGCUCGAAGACCUUUGCAUCACGUACGACUUUUCCACGUCGGCCUUUGGCCACCACGUCAUCAGGGAGAUGCGGCCGUCUGCUUCGGGGGGUGACGAAGAAGGCGGUGAUUGGGACACCCACACCCCCUCGGAGGAGGAGUGGCCUCAGUUUUCCAAAACUGCCUCCCACGCCUCGUGCAAUCCGGCUCCCCAUGAGUACAACCCGGAAGAAGAGUCCAAGCCAGUCACUAUCCACAACAGGGACGAGUACAUUGCUGAUUACAUUCGCUACCUGACUACGGUCUCUGUCCGCCCUCAGUUCGAAGCUUUCGCCCGUGGGUUCCGCACUUGCCUCCAGCCUAAAUCCUUAUCCCUCCUCACACCCUCGCUCCUUCAGUCACUCGUCGAGGGUGUGCAGGAAAUUGACAUCUCUGAAUUAAAACGCUACGCGAAAUACACUGGUUAUGAUGAACACCACCGGACAAUCAAAGAUUUUUGGUCGAUUGUGAAGAGGUAUGACGAGGACAUGAAGAGAAAGUUGCUCGAAUUUGUGACGGCGAGCGAUCGGGUUCCUGUCGGGGGGAUGAAGUAUGUGGUGUUUAAUAUUCAGAAGAACGGGGUGGAGAAUGAUGAGCUGGGACCGGGGGGGACGGGGAACAGGGGGAGGUUGCCGACGAGCUAUACUUGUUAUAGCACGUUGCUGUUGCCCGAGUAUAAGGAUAAGGAGACGUUGAGGGAGAGGUUGGGGAUGGCGUUGGAGAAUGCGAGGGGGUUUGGGUUUGCGUAG